CGGACUCGCUCCUCAGCUCUGUAGUCCGAGGCCCGGCGGAGGCGCCAGGGCUGAGCUCGGCGCGGCAGGGACCGCGGGAGACUCCAGCGGCAGCGGUCGCGGCGCUGAGGGAGGCUAUGAGGACGCGCGCUUUCUCUAGGUGCCCCUGCUGCGGCGGCGGCUCGGAGCGCCCUGCCUCGCUGCUUUAGGGAGCGGCCGUGGAGCGGAAUCACUCUCUGAAGACCCCCGGGACUCACUUGUCUCGGGCCCUGCGUCGCCGUGCCGCUCCUAGGCUCCCGGAGCGUGGAAGAGGAGCUGUCCUCCGGCGCCGGGCGAGGAGCAUGGGGACAGCGGCGGCUGCAGGAGGCGGCGGCGGCGGAGGGACGCGCCGGUGGCUCCAAUGGCUGGGGCUGUGCUUCUGGGCGGCGGGGGCUGCGGCUGCCCGAGGAAAUGACAACAGUGAAGUCCUUCCUGAGUCCAUUCCGUCAGCUCCGGGGACGCUGCCUCAUUUCAUAGAGGAGCCAGAUGAUGCUUACAUCAUCAAGAGCAACCCUAUCGCCCUCCGGUGCAAGGCAAGGCCAGCUAUGCAGAUUUUCUUCAAGUGCAAUGGCGAGUGGGUCCAUCAAAAUGAGCACGUCUCUGAAGAGAGUCUGGACGAGAGCUCAGGCUUGAAGGUCCGUGAGGUCUUCAUCAACGUCACCCGACAGCAGGUGGAGGACUUCCAUGGGCCAGAGGACUACUGGUGCCAGUGUGUGGCCUGGAGCCACCUGGGCACCUCCAAGAGCAGGAAGGCCUCUGUGCGCAUCGCCUAUUUACGGAAAAACUUCGAACAGGACCCACAGGGAAGAGAGGUGCCCAUUGAAGGCAUGAUCGUGCUGCAUUGCCGCCCUCCGGAGGGAGUGCCCGCAGCGGAGGUGGAGUGGCUGAAAAACGAGGAGCCCAUCGACUCGGAACAAGACGAGAACAUCGACACCAGAGCCGACCAUAACCUGAUCAUCAGGCAGGCCCGGCUCUCUGACUCUGGAAACUACACCUGCAUGGCAGCCAACAUUGUGGCCAAGAGGAGAAGCCUGUCGGCCACCGUGGUGGUCUAUGUGAAUGGAGGCUGGUCUUCCUGGACAGAGUGGUCAGCCUGCAAUGUUCGCUGUGGUAGAGGAUGGCAGAAACGCUCCCGGACCUGCACCAACCCAGCUCCUCUCAAUGGUGGGGCGUUUUGUGAGGGGAUGUCAGUGCAGAAAGUAACCUGCACUUCUCUCUGUCCUGUGGACGGGAGCUGGGAGGUGUGGAGUGAGUGGUCAGUCUGCAGUCCUGAGUGUGAGCAUCUGCGGAUCCGGGAGUGCACAGCGCCAGCCCCGAGGAACGGGGGCAGGUUCUGCGAAGGCCUGAGCCAGGAAUCUGAGAACUGCACGGAUGGACUCUGCAUCCUAGAUAAAAAACCUCUUCAUGAAAUAAAACCCCAAAGCAUUGAGAACGCCAGCGACAUCGCUCUGUACUCCGGCCUGGGCGCUGCAGUGGUGGCUGUGGCGGUCCUGGUCAUUGGCAUCGCCCUUUAUAGACGGAGCCAGAGUGACUACGGCGUGGACGUCAUUGACUCGGCCGCGUUGUCAGGUGGCUUCCAGACCUUCAACUUCAAAACAGUCCGUCAAGGUAACUCCCUGCUCCUGAAUUCCUCCAUGCAACCAGACCUCACGGUGAGCCGAACGUACAGCGGACCCAUCUGCCUGCAGGACCCUCUGGACAAGGAGCUCAUGACUGAGUCCUCACUCUUUAACCCUUUGUCAGACAUCAAGGUCAAAGUGCAGAGCUCGUUCAUGGUUUCCCUGGGAGUGUCUGAAAGAGCGGACUACCAUGGCAAGAACCACUCCGGGACUUUUCCUCAUGGAAACAACCGAAGCUUUGGUACAAUGCAUCCCAGAAACCAAACACCCUACAUCCAGAAUCUGUCCUCACUCCCCGCACGGACUGAACUGAGGACCACUGGGGUCUUUGGCCAUUUAGGGGGACGCUUAGUAAUGCCAAAUACAGGGGUGAGUUUACUCAUACCACACGGUGCCAUUCCAGAGGAGAAUUCCUGGGAGAUUUACAUGUCCAUAAACCAAGGUGAACCCAGCCUCCAGUCUGAUGGGUCUGAGGUGCUUCUGAGUCCUGAGGUCACCUGUGGUCCUCCAGACAUGAUCGUCACCACGCCCUUUGCGCUGACUAUCCCACACUGUGCCGACGUCAGCUCUGAGCACUGGAAUAUCCAUCUGAAGAAGAGGACCCAGCAGGGCAAAUGGGAGGAAGUGAUGUCAGUGGAGGAUGAAUCCACAUCCUAUUACUGCCUUUUGGACCCCUUUGCAUGUCAUCUGCUCCUCGACAGCUUUGGCACCUAUGCCCUCACUGGAGAGCCAAUCACAGACUGUGCUGUGAAGCAACUCAAGGUGGCGGUUUUUGGCUGCAUGUCCUGUAACUCCCUGGAUUACAACUUGAGAGUCUACUGUGUGGACAAUACCCCUUGUGCUUUUCAGGAAGUGGUUUCCGAUGAAAGACAUCAAGGCGGACAGCUGCUGGAGGAGCCGAAGCUGCUGCAUUUCAGAGGGAACACCUUCAGCCUGCAGAUCUCUGUCCUCGACAUUCCGCCGUUUCUCUGGAGAAUUAAACCGUUCACUGCAUGCCAGGAAGUCCCGUUCUCCCGCGUGUGGUGCAGUAACCGGCAGCCCUUGCACUGUGCCUUCUCCCUGGAGCGCUACACGCCCACCACCACCCAGCUGUCCUGCAAAAUCUGCAUCCGGCAGCUCAAAGGCCAUGAGCAAAUCCUCCAAGUACAGACGUCCAUCCUGGAGAGUGAAAGAGAGACCAUCACUUUCAUUGCACAGGAGGACAGCACUUUUCCUGCACAGACUGGCCCCAAAGCCUUCAAAAUCCCCUACUCCAUCAGACAGCGGAUUUGUGCUACGUUUGAUACCCCCAAUGCCAAAGGCAAGGACUGGCAGAUGUUAGCACAGAAAAACAGCAUCAACAGGAAUUUAUCUUAUUUUGCUACACAAAGUAGCCCAUCUGCUGUCAUCUUGAACCUGUGGGAAGCUCGUCAUCAGCAUGACGGUGACCUUGACUCCCUGGCCUGUGCCCUUGAAGAGAUUGGGAGGACACACACGAAACUCGCAAACAUCUCGGAAUCCCAGCUUGACGAAGCCGACUUCAACUACAGCAGGCAAAAUGGACUCUAGUUCACGUCCUCCCAUGUGACAGCGUGAUGGCCAGCUUGGGGACAUUCGCUUUAAACGGUGAAAGAAAGCAGCAGCUUUGUGCCCAGUGGCAUUUAGGGAAUUCAGCCUUCAUUUACAAUCAGUGAGAUUCCCUGGCAGAAGAAACUGCAUUUUAUAUAAGUAAAGCGUGUUAACAGGGAAGAGUCCAAGCUCUCUCAGAUAGCAGAGGGCUCCACUGUUUCCUCAAGUCCACACUGGGGUUAACGAUGGUCACAUUCCUUGGACUUGGGUGGCAAGAAUAAAAGUAAGGGCAUAUCUAGAAGUAGCUACGGGGGAAAUGACCUACCAUAGAGCUGGGAAGGCAGAUACUGAUCAAAUGCGUGUUUUAAAGCAGGUUUUUAAUGAUGUGCCCCCCAAAGCCAGCUGACUCUGGUGCCAAAUUGUCAGAGUUUUCUACCAAUGAGCAUCUGGAAUGUCAGGAGUCAUUCUAGAGGUGAAGCAGCAUUGCUAACCCACUUGUGUAAUUCCAACCACAUCAAGGAGGCAUUUAGAACUUAGAUCUGAGUACGUCACCCCAGCACCAGUCCCCUGUCUCCCAGGCACUCAAGGGAGACAAGAUAACAAGGUAAGGGGGACCACAAACUAGUUCCUGUAGUGUACCCCACCUUCUUUUUCCCCAGAGACAAAUCUGCCCAUAUUUUUCCUCUUCCUGCCCCACUGCAGCAGAGAUGUUUCAAGGCACUAGACUCAUCAAUA